UGCCAAAUAUGCCUAGGCCACUUCCAACGAUCGACAAGUACGAGUUAAGUGGUCGAAUGCUCUUUGGCCGGUACGCCAUACGGUGCACAUAAAUCUGUAACCACUUUACUUCCACGUAUAUUUACGGCAUGAUGUGUAUCUGACGUGACGAAAAGGAACAACCAAUUCCCGGCGAAACUUAGAAGUUGUAUCUGGAAACAUGGCUUACAUCGCAAUGUCAUGUGCUUUCCUGUUCUCUCUGGUUCUCAUUUCAUCUACGAACUCAGCUCCAGUCAGUCAGGAGCAAUUUUUCGACAAUUAUGAACGCACAGAAAAAUAUCUUCAAUCCUGCAUCCCAACGUUGAAUGUCCUUUUCGAUACGAGUACCGACCCCGCUACUUCGGCGGGGCAGCCCAGCAUCUUUCGAGAAGCGUGUCCUCCGGAGUCGUCUCAGAACCCAAAUAGGCCUAGGCCUAGAUCCAAUUUGUGCAUGUUGUUCGCAUUCAGAAUUCAUGAUAUGUGUCAGGUGUCGAAAGCAAUGCAAAACAAUGUUAACGAAUUCAACACGGAAAUGAUGAAGUCUUUUCUCCAACAUUCACAAACUGUCAUGGAUGAACAGAAAUUCUGUGCAGAAAUGACUGCACCUCCACCACAGGGACAGUCAAUCACACUCAGUCGGUCGGAGACCUACUAUAUAAGACAGGCGGCCGGAGUGCAAGUAGCAUUGCCAUUGGAUCCUUCUACUUGUUCACAUCUGUGGAAGUCAAUGGACUGUGACCAGCGUGAGCUUAACUCGAUCUGCCAGGCCUACGCUUUCCUUGCUACGAUAGAAGGUCCUAUUUUAGAAAGCCAGAAAGCGACACUGGACACUCCUGGAGAACCCAAUGAACCACAAGCGCCAGGUACACAAGCAGAGGAUAAUGCAUCAGAUCAAUCCAAGACCGCAAGCAGCCCAGGCGAGCAGGAAAAAGGUGUGCAAGAAACCCCAGAUGCUGAAUUGCAGCCUCCAUCCGGUGAAGAUGUCCAACUUAAGAAUCCAGUUGGGGUCCCUGUCAAUGAAAUUCCUGUCGGGAACCUAGGGAAUCAAGCUGAGGUCCCUGUCAAUGAAAUUCCUGUCGGGAACCUAGGGAAUCAAGCUGAGGUCCCUGUCAAUGAAAUUCCUGUCGGGAACCCAGGGAAUCAAGCUGAGGUCCCUGUCAAUGAAAUUCCUGUCGGGAACCUAGGGAAUCAAGCUGAGGUCCCUGUCAAUAAAAUUCCUGUCGGGAACUCCGGGAAUGAAACUGAGGACCCUAUCAAUGAAAUUCCUGUCGGGAACCCAGGGAAUCAAGCUGAGGUCCCUGUCAAUGAAAUUCCUGUCGGGAACCUAGGGAAUCAAGCUGAGGUCCCUGUCAAUGAAAUUCCUGUCGGGAACCUAGGGAAUCAAGCUGAGGUCCCUGUCAACGAAAUUCCUGUCGGGAACUCAGGGAAUCAAGCUGAGGUCCCUGUCAAUGAAAUUCCUGUCGGGAACCUAGGGAAUCAAGCUGAGGUCCCUGUCAAUGAAAUUCCUGUCGGGAACCCAGGGAAUCAAGCUGAGGUCCCUGUCAAUGAAAUUCCUGUCGGGAACCUAGGGAAUCAAGCUGAGGUCCCUGUCAAUGAAAUUCCUGUCGGGAACUCAGGGAAUCAAGCUGAGGUCCCUAUCAAUGAAAUUCCUGUCGGGAACCCAGGGAAUCAAGCUGAGGUCCCUGUCAAUGAAAUUCCUGUCGGGAACCUAGGGAAUCAAGCUGAGGUCCCUGUCAAUGAAAUUCCUGUCGGGAACUCAGGGAAUCAAGCUGAGGUCCCUAUCAAUGAAACUCCUGCUGGGAACCCAGGGAAUCCAGCUGAGGACCCUAUCAAUCCCGAUGUGCCCAAUGAUUGGAACCGAGUAGAAGAUGGUUCAGAGGAAAGUAGUCAUAUCGAAGAUAACGGACCAGGACUGGGGCCUCCCGGGGACUUUGGUAGUAAUGACGACUCUUCGGAAGGAGGCUACGACAACAAGAAUUCGGAAGACGACGACGGAUGGGAAGCAAACCAAUUUGAGAACCAGGAUGAAAACCACAACAUCGAGCCGAUUCCUGGAAACGAGGAGAAUCCAGGCUUUCAAGUGCAGCAUCCUGUAGAGCAGAAUGUCAAGUAUGACGAUGGCUACGAUGAUGACGACGCCAAAACUCAUUUCAUGGCGUACUCUCUGACGGCAAUCAUUCUCAUCCUAGCCACCUACAUCAUGUAUCACAACAAACAAAAGAUCAUCGCCGUUGUAGUCGAGGGUCGGAACGGCAGGGGAAGAAGAAGACGAGGUGGUUCAGGGUACCAGAAGCUGGAUCAGAACAUCAGUGAAGCCAUGCCUUCCAUGCACAGCCAAAAUGCAUAAUCUUCAACCCUGAAAGGCAUCAUCCAAGAACUGUCCAUCUUCCAUGUCAUCUCUGCUGCAGCCUGCAGGAAAGCAGGUGCAUCGGUAGAAGACAACCAAACGCAUCUUGAGCUCCUUAUCAUCAACCUUCAAAGGCAUCAUCCAAGAACUGUCCAUCUUCCAUGUCAUCUCUGCUGCAGUCUGCAGAAAAGCAGGUGCAUCAGUAAAAGACAACCACAAGCAUCAUCAACCCUCAAAGGCUUCAUCCAAGAACUGUCCAUCUUCCAUGUCAUCUCCUCCGCAGCCUGCAGGAAAGCAGGUGCAUCGGUAGAAGACAACCAGACACAUCGAGAGCUCCUUAUCAUCAACUCUCAAAGGCAUCAUCCAAGAACUGUCCAUCUUCCGUGUCAUCACCUCUGCAGUCUGCAGGAAAACAGGUGCACCAGUAGAAGACAACUAGACGCAUC